CACACACACACGCGCACACACACACACACACACACACACACAUACAAACUCACAGACACGCGCACGCUCUCUGAAAACAUAAUUCCAGACCAAGGGGAGGAGGUGGUGGUCGCCUGCAUCUCUUCUAUGUUUUUUCUUUUGCGUGUCUCGACUACGUGUGCAGUGCAAUCCAACACGACAGCACGGUGGGAUUUCAUCACUCGUCGCUGAGGGGAUUUUCCGUCCAUAUUUUGGGUUUUUAAUCUUCUUUCCCCCCCCCCACCCCCAUCGCAUUCCUCUGUCCUGGUGGGUGUUUGUAAUGAGCCGCUUCCCCGCCCGCGUCGUCUCCAUGCCAGCAUGGGAACUGCGGUGUCCAAAAGGAAGAAUUUAAGAAACGAUGCGAUAUCUUCUGUUGCAGCAAAAGUUAGAGCCGCACGAGCGUUUGGGGAGUACCUGUCCCAUCCUGAAAACCCAAACGGAUCAGCUCACCUUCUGUGUGAAACCCUGGUGGCUCCAGACACGUGUGAGUCGUCGACAGACACGCCGCGUCGCCUCGACAACAACAACCACCUCCACCACCACCUCAAGCUCCGCCCCGACGGUACCGUCCCCAGCCCCCGGGGCCCCCAGGCCGACCCGGAGACCAGCCUGGUGAAGCCGGCGCUGGGCCUGCUGCAGCCGCCGCCGCCGCCGCCGCCGCCGCCCCACGGAGGCUCCGCCCGGCCCGCCCGGCUGUCCCUGGAGCGCAGCUUCUCCGCCGAGGAGGACCAGCAGAAGGGGCUCCAGUGCACGCUGCGGCCCGCCCGCGUCUACACCAUCACCCCCCCGCACGGCAUGCUGAUGAGCAGCGCCCGGGGGAGCAAGGAGAGCCUGGAGCUGGAGGUCCUGAAGGAGCGGCCGGGGGGCCGCGGGGAGCCCCACCUCAACCUCAACGCCGGCCUGGGCCAGCCCUCCGCCUCGCCGUCCUCCACCACCUCCUCCCCCACCCAGCACCGCGGCAACCGCGGCAGCGCCGGCCGCGCCGGGAGCCAUCACCACGGCAACCACCACCACGGGAACCACCACCACAACGCGGCGCCGUCGGGCUCCGGCGGCGGCGGCAGCGGCGCUAGCCAGCACACGCUAACUGUGGGGGGCGGCGGCGGGAGCCACCACGGGGCCCACGGUCACCAUGGACACCACCUGUCGCAGCCGCUGCUGCAGACGUCUGUCUCCGCCCACAACAUCCGGGGGUGGGGCGAGGGCGGCGGCGAGGGGGGAGGCGGCGGCAUGGCGGGGGACCAGGCCAGCGUGGGCGGCAGCGGGGCCCCGUCCCGCAGCCAGGGGUCUCUGGACCUGGAGAGCUCGUCCCGCGAGGCAGAGGACAGCAGCUGGUUCCCCAAAGAGAACAUGUUCAGCUUCCAGACCGCCUCAACCACCAUGCAGGCGAUAUCGAACUUCCGGAAGCAUCUUCGGAUGGUGGGCAGCAGGAGAAUGAAAGCCCAGACUUUCGCUGAGCGUAGAUCGAAGAGUUUCAACCGGUCCUGGAGUGACCCCACCCCUGUCAAGGCUGACUCUCCUAACGACACGGGGGACCUCCAGGCGUCCUGCGCUGCCCUGGAGGAGGGGGCCCUGGACGAGAGGAUGGACUGGGAGGAGGAGAGGGAGAUGGAGAGGCUGGCCUGUGAGGGAGACGACUUCAUCCCCCCCAAGAUCAUGCUGAUCUCGUCUAAAGUGCCCAAGGCGGAGUACGUUCCCACCAUCCUACGUAGAGACGACCCCUCCAUUAUCCCCAUCCUCUAUGACCACGAACACGCCACGUUUGAUGAUAUUCUGGAGGAGAUAGACAAGAAGCUGACAGCCUACCGGCGUGGGAGCAAGUUCUGGAGAAUGCUCAUCUUCUGUCAGGGAGGACCAGGUCAUCUGUACCUCCUCAAGAACAAAGUUGCAACGUUUGCCAAGGUGGAAAAAGAGGAAGACAUGAGCCAGUUUUGGCGGAGGCUCAGCCGCUUCAUGAGCAAAUUGAAUCCAGAACCGAACAUGAUCCACAUCAUGGGCUGCUACGUCCUGGGAAACCCAAACGGAGAGAAGCUGUUUCAGAAACUCAAGAACCUGAUGAGGCCUUAUUCUGUCGAGUUCCAGUCCCCACUAGAGCUGUCUUCACAUGGCAAGGAGAUGAUCGAGAUGUACUUUGACUUCCGUCUGUACCGCCUCUGGAAGACCCGGCAGCACUCCAAGCUCCUGGACUACGAAGACCUGUUGUGAUGUCGGCGACCACUCUGAGGACCUGGACUGGGAAGACCCAUGAAGGCCGUACCUCCCAGACCGCUCCAAGAUGACGGUGACCUGGUCUGUUGUAAUGACGAUGACGACAACUCUGAGCCCCUGGACUACGAAGAACUACGAAGACCCUGACUCCUAGACUGCUACUAGACUACAACAACCUGUGACCUAUGAAGCCACACCCCCUCUCUCUCUCUCUUCCCCCCCCCCCCCCCCUCCUUUGUAACUUCCCCGACGCCCUACAAAUAUGGAACAAAUCAGAUGUUAAGAAAAAGACAAACUUGGCCAAAAAAGAACGAAACCUUAGGUCAAGCAACCCUUCAGUGUUAACACACAGGUGGAUGAUGGAAAUGUUCCCUUGGUGUAGAUGGGGGAGGGGGGGGCCGGACAUGAGGAUAAUUAAGCAUUCUGGGGGUCCUGAGACAUGAAAUGAAUCCCGGGCUGAACGUUAUUGACCCCCUCUCCCUCCUGAUUUCGAAAGCAAAUGAAGAAUCUACACUAGAACCUGUAGAAACAGAAAUAAUUUAGCAAACGCUUUGAUUUGAUUGGUAAUGUCUGAGGCCAACGCGAUUCUGGAACCGUUGAAACGAUCAUAAUGCCGCCAUAAUCGUGUAUCUUUGUUUUGGAGGUCUCCCGUGGCAGGAGAUAUGCAUAGGUAGAUAGUAAUUCACAUCUAGAUGUGUACGUAUAUGAAUAUAUAGUAUAGCUUUAGUCAUGCAAAUAAUACAUGUGGAAAAUAACGAUACAUCCUUUAUUUUUGAUGUCGUUGUGCAGUUUCAUAUGGAAAUACUUUUGAAUAACUCAGGUUCAGUCAUAAAGUAAAAACUCUUGUUUGUUGGUUCUAUCAGAUAUUGUAUGCUUCACUUCCAUUGCUUGGGAUGAAUGAAUAUCUAGAAGGUAACUUUUCAUUUGAGAUUCAAGUUUUGAUAAGAAUGGAAAACGUAUACGAUUUGAAUCAACUGGGUGAGUGUGCGCAUGCUUGUGUCUGUGUGUGUGCCCGGUGUGCAUGUGUGCGUGCAUGUGUGUGCUCGUGUCUUUGUUUGUGCGUGUAUGAGUGAAAAAAUUGCCAUUGCAGCAAGGUCUAUCUGGAUGGUUGCCAUAAAAGUAUUUAUGUUCAUAAAUGUUUCUGGCCCGCAAAACACACACGUAUACACUCACAUACACACACACACACACACACACACACACACACACACACACACACACACACACACACACACACACACACGUACACACACACACACACACACACAAAUACACACACACACACAGAGUCAUUCAAUGAUGUCAAGAUUUAAGACGCAGACGGCCAAGUUCCAACAGUAUAGCCCUUCUUCCUUAGUGCAAGGUGGGCCUGUCUAAGCUCACAGCCCCUCCACCACCUCCACCACCUCCAUCCCCCCCAAACCAGACUCCUCUCAAGGCUGCCAAGCAAGCCAGCUGCCCCAUCCCAUCUCCAUACUGUACAGCUCUGGCCUGAGAUAUGGUUAGGGAAGAGGGACUUGGGGACAUUGGCGGGCAGUUUGGCUAUUAACAUCCAUCUGUCUCUUCCCCAGUGAGGGGUUGGGCUAUUAUCAGACACUAGUACUGGAGUUAUGCAGUGUCUGUGUGUGUGUGUGUGUGUGUGUGUGUGUGUGUGUGUGUGUGUGUGUGUGUGUGUGUGUGUGUG